AUGACGGCGUCUCCCGACUACCUGGUGAUUCUCUUCGUGACCACGGCGGGCACCAACGGGGCAAGGUUGGGCUCAGACGAGCGAGAGCUGCUCCAGCUCCUGUGGAAAGUGGUCGACCUGAGGAGUAAGGAGCUGGGGCACCUGCAUGACGUGCUGGUCCGGCCUGACCACACAGAACUGACGGCCGAGUGCCAGGAGAUCACCCAAGUGGAUGUGGAGAGCCUGGCACUGGCUCCACCGCUGGAGCAGGCACUGAGACAGUUUAAUCAGUCCGUGAGCAAUGAGCUGAACAUUGGUGUAGGUACUUCUUUCUGUUUCUGUACUGAUGGACAGUUGCACAUUAGGCAGGUUCUACACCCUGAAGCUUCCAAAAAGAAUAUUUUACUGCCUGAAUGCUUCUACUCCUUUUUUGACUUGCGGAAAGAGUUCAAGAAGUGUUGCCCUGGCUCACCAGAAGUUAGCAAACUCGAUGUUGCAGCCAUGACAGAAUAUUUAAAUCUUGACAAGAACAGUCCAGCAUUUCCCUAUGGAGCCUCUCAAGUUGAAGAUAUGGGGAAUAUAAUUUUAAAAUUAAUAUCUGAACCAUACAAUCACAGAUUUUCAGAUCCAGAAAGGGUGAACUACAAAUUUGAAAGUGGGCCUUGCAGCAAGAUGGAGCUUGUGGAUGACAAUGCUGUUAUCCGAGCAAGAGGAUUGCCGUGGCAGUCAUCUGACCAGGACAUAGCAAGAUUCUUCAAAGGUCUAAAUAUUGCCAAAGGAGGUGCUGCGCUCUGUCUCAAUGCCCAAGGCAGGAGGAACGGGGAGGCUCUUGUGAGAUUCGUAAGCGAAGAGCAUAGAGAUCUAGCACUACAAAGGCACAAGCAUCACAUGGGGAACCGAUACAUAGAGGUAUACAAGGCAACAGGUGAAGACUUCCUUAAAAUUGCAGGAGGUACUUCCAAUGAGGUUGCACAGUUCUUGUCAAAAGAAAACCAAGUGAUUGUCAGGAUGCGAGGUCUUCCUUUCAAUGUAACAACAGAAGAAGUGCUGACUUUCUUUGGCCAGCACUGCCCUGUAACGGGAGGAAAGGAGGGAGUCCUGUUUGUCACUUACCCUGAUAGCAGACCAACAGGGGAUGCCUUUGUCUUGUUUGCUUGUGAGGAAUAUGCACAAAAUGCACUGAAAAAGCACAAGGAUUUGCUGGGGAAAAGGUACAUUGAACUCUUCCGGAGCACUGCAGCAGAAGUUCAGCAGGUGCUGAACAGGUACUCUUCCACACCUCUCAUUCCUCUCCCAACACCUCCAAUUCUUCCAGUAUUACCUCAACAAUUUGUGCCUCCCACUAACAUCAGAGACUGCAUACGCUUGCGUGGUCUUCCCUAUGCUGCUACUAUAGAGGACAUUUUGGAGUUCCUGGGAGAGUUUUCUACAGAUAUUCGGACCCAUGGAGUUCACAUGGUACUAAAUCACCAGGGACGUCCAUCGGGGGAUGCUUUCAUUCAGAUGAAAUCUGCAGAUCGAGCUUUCCUGGCUGCACAGAAGUGUCAUAAGAAGACUAUGAAGGACAGAUAUGUUGAAGUCUUUCAAUGUUCUGCUGAGGAGAUGAACUUUGUAUUAAUGGGGGGCACUUUAAAUCGAAAUGGCUUGUCCCCGCCACCAUGUAAGUUACCAUGCCUUUCACCCCCUGCCUACUCCUUUCCGGCUCCUGCUGCAGUUGUGCCAACAGAAGCUGCUCUGUAUCAGCCAUCCAUGCUUCUGAACCCACGAGCACUCCAGCCCUCCACAGCCUACUACCCUGCUGGGGCUCAGCUCUUCAUGAACUACACAGCAUAUUACCCCAGUAUGCAGCAGAGGAUGGACUUGUACACACAAAUGAUGCGGCCAGGACAGUGUCCAAAGAAUGGAUUUGCAUUUAAAGGCCCCAGCAGUUAG